AUGGAGACGUGUUCGGAGUGGUCGAGCCGUCAAGGGCUGUGGAUGCUAAAGCCGCAAGGGGCGCUGGAAUGGGCACAAACGCCGGAAGAGCGCGACGCGUUGGAUGAGAGGUUCCAGGUGCAGAAGGUGCGCGUGCCCCGACAAGGUGGUGGAGCGCGCCGAGCACACAACCCGAGAAACUCGUAUGGCAUCUCGAGCACGAAGAUCUGUAUCAUGGUUCCCGAUGUCACGGUGGACGAGAUUCAUCCGAUCCGUCGCACACAACGCCCAAUGUGCGUCGUCGAGGUGAAGCGGCCUUAUCAAAAUGCGUUGAUGGCGAAUAACGAAGCGGUUGCGUACCACGCGCGUGCGGCGGAGAUGGGGCCUGGCAGGAACUUCAUUACGAUCUUGAUCAGGGCCAGGACAGUUGACAUGUACAUUCUGGGGGGCAACGCGGUGUACCACAGUUUUCCACUGCACGACGCCAAUACGCUGUAUAUGUGGCUCAAGUUCUGCACGCCUAGUACCCCGGAGACGCGCGGACCGCCAUAUCCGCCGAACCAACCGCUCCCCGAUCCGGAAGACGACGGAGAAGCCGAGGAGGAGGAGGAGGAGGAGGAGGAGGAGGAGGAGGAGGAGGAGGAGGGGGGGGAGAGGUAG